AGGACUAAACUACUCACGCACUACGAGAGUUGUGGUUUUCUGAGGUACUAUGGGAUUUUUUCCGAGAAACAAGGAGUCCUGAUAGAUUUUUGGACGACGAACAACGCAUUUUUACAUAACAAAUUCAAUCAAUUUUCUAUAGCUGUUUGAGGCGUCGUGGUCGUCACAUGUAAGUGGGACGACGGUGACAAAAGCUGGUCAUCAAGUAAAAGCACCUAAAGAUCUACUUCUACCUGAGAGACAGAAUUCACCGCGAUUAUUUGAGAACGGUACACAAGAACCUCGCUUAUUGCGCCAAAAUAAAUUCUGUUACUGACAACUACAGAGCGACGGUAUGAAAAACUAUGAUUUUUUAAAACGAAAAUGACCAACAUUUCUGGGUAAAGACGCAAAUCUAACCAUGGCAAGCACCACGGUAGUGACCGCCGGCUUUGCCCGGCGCGCUGCACUCCAGCAAAGAGAAAGUUCUAGCAGGCUCCGCAGUUUUUCUCCCGCUGCCGCAACUUCAGUCGCCGGCUUCAGUUCGUCGAGCACGACCAGACUGUUUGUUCCAGGGCAUAUUAAUGGCCGCCGCGUGGAGGGUCUCCAGAGAAGCGGCCACGGUAGACCACAAGUGCAAGUGCGUCACUUUUCCGGCUUCGAUUUGAAACCGGAACUGGAAACUUUUGAGCACUUAUGCAAGACGAAAUCAUUUAUUUUCGCACGUGUCUUGCCACCGAAAAUUCAUGCUGUGAGAAUGCAUGGCUAACAAGUAAGAUUAUGAUUGAGUAUGACCACUCCUGUGCGUGUUUUGUCCGGGCCCUUGGUGUAAUUAGUCGUGUAUGUUGAAAAGAAGUAUUAUGCAAAUGCGUUCAAAGAGGAAGAUUUUCUGAUCAAGACACGAACUUUUUUUUCCUUUUCAUACUGUCCAACACUUUCCAAGGCGGACUUUAUCAAGAAUAUCCGAAAGCCGGUGGGUAUCCCACGAAGAAAGUGUUACAGUUCCACCCUUGCUGCAACUUCAGCAUCACAAGUUUUCUCCGCAUAACAGAGCAGAAAACUUGCAAUGCACAAGUUAUAAGGGAAAACAGGAAGGAAACGAGGCUCCAAAGCAUUUCCUGCAUGAGAAAGGUUGUCUGUGUCGCCGGUUUUGCAAGACCACAAGGCGUCACUGUAACACUUUUUUCUUCCCAUAGUGGGUCUCUACAGCGAGUCGCUGGAGCAGAUCAAGCUAUCCUGUGCAAAAGUAUCGUAGUGCUCGUAGUAAUCGCACUUAUGCAUUCCAAAUCUGUUUCUCAAGAUAAAUCAGCAUUACAAAUUUAAUUUGUAAUGCAGGACUAAUUUGUAUUGCAAUUUAUAUAUACUAGUACGAUGCUUUUGCAUUGCAUACAAGCAUGAGAUCGGCAAAAUGGAUAGUCUGCCCGGGAACGGGAGCCUUCCACUCCUGUCGGAGGGGGAAAAGGAUGCUUAUUUGGUACCGAAUUUGAUGUUUGGCGAUUUUCUUAUAGCUGUGUGUUGUAGUCCUCGUGCAUGACAAACAUCCUGACUUCUGUCAGCAAGCUAAGUUCAUCAUCAUCAUCGAUCCGCAUGAAAUGGUGGAACAAAAAAUGAAAAUCUACUAAAACAGCAUUCCCUACUCGCGAACCUGAUUUUCCCGAAGGCGGUGCACACCCAUUUUGACAAGUCGUGUUUCGGCCUUCCUUAUGGAUUGCAAAAAUGUCUGGGUCUGGAAGAUUACAGGAGUUUGUCAUGCAUAUUUUGCGUGGCCCAUGAGGUCUGUGAUGCAUGCCCUAGCAUCAGAGAUUUUGCGCGGGCUUCCUGAUGCCUAUUCCGCAUGAGGAAUCCCCUCCCAGCGUAGCACAAACUGUACUCCUCUUGCUGGUCAUGCAAUAUAAUUUUUUUUCACAGUCCAAAGAUAGCAUCACAAGUUCCAACGUUCCAGACCCACACAUUUUUGCAAUUCAUAUUCCUUUGUUCGGUUCUGCGGUGUAUUCGCAUAUGUGGGCCGGUGUGGGCAACCACUUGAUGGCCAAGAAACCCUCGGCGCAGAAAAUCGACGAGGUCAUGAAAAUUAUUACCUACUACCGCACCCCUAUGAAUGUGUCAGGAUCGAAAUCGACAAAGUCGAAAAAUUUGUGGUGCGUAAAAUGUAGGGCACUGGAGGCCUGUAUUGCGGAGCAGGCAAAUGAGACCGAUUGUGAGCCUGUUUAGGGGUAUGCAAUGUGCUGCCAGAGUAGCAUAACAGGCGCAGUCUUCUUUGCCCAAACAGCAUGACAGACUGGAUUUGGGUGCUCCGAAAUUUGUCAUGCGCCACUGUUACAAACUGAGGCUCCAACUGGUAUCGAUUUUAUGCACGACAAAGAAUUUUUCGACUUUGUCAAUUUCGAGUCUGGCACUUCCAUAACCCCUAUCAUCUCCGAGGAGCUCUUCCGGAUGGGGUACAGCCCGGAGAAGGUCUACGAACUGGUGGCGAAGCAGUUUUACCUCCAGUACUGGUCCGGGCAGGACAACAAGGACCCGCUAAUUUUCAACCCGAUGGUCCGCACCUUCUACCCGUGCGACAGCCACAUCGGAGCGGGGUCCACGGAUUUGGGCCGGGACACGGAGUUGCAGGCCGCCAAGCUGUACUGCAUGGGAAAUAUGUCUGGGUCUGGGAGGACGCGAACUUGUCAUGCUAAGGCUGGAUCGUACAAAAAUUUGUGUUGCAUGACUACCAAAAGCUGUCCACUUUUGAACAAGUUUAGAGGCAGUUUGUCAUGCAGGAUAGGCAUGAUAGAAGAGACGUCGCAGAACCUGUCAUGCUAGAUCCUGCAUUCCAAACCUCAUGGGGUAUGGAAAAUAUGCAUGAGAAGUUUGCACUUUUCCAGACCCAACAUGUUUGCACUUGAUAAGCUGUACUGCAUGGGAAAGGAGAACAUGGAGGCCCCAGUGACGAUUCUGAACACGGGCGACACGGGGUUCUUUACGGACGGCGCCAUGCACGCCUUGCAGCACUUCGCGGAGGCACGGGAGCAGGGCUACAAAAUGCCGAUGAUUUUCCUGAUCAACGCCAAUAACUCGGCCAUCUCCGUAUUGUGAGGAAAAAUCUCCCCUCCCCAUAUCGAAAAGGAGUUUGUGAUGCUGAUUUGUGACCACAAAUCGACUUUGUCUUGCGUACAAUGCAAACGGCACCCAUAAUGUCGCGCAUGGUGCAGCCAGUCUGUCAUGCGUUUUCGCCUAUGCAAGACUUGUUUCUCAUGCGCAGCUGCCAGCCGGAUGCGUACCCAAAUGGGUUUAUGAUAUCCCUACAAGCUCUUGCUGCAAUACAAAGCCUAUUUGUGUACAGGAAUCCAGCAACACAAAUUGUCUUCUGAGUAUGGGGUGGGGGCUUUUUUCACCUUGAUACCCCGCCCGUUUUGACUACGGAGGGAAGUACGGCGACCUCGGAGAGUACGGAGUCAAGCGCAUCCACGAGCUAUGCAAAGAAAAAAGUGUAUACAGUGUUGCGGAACGCGCACGACAUCAUGCCGGAAAGGCUUGUGAGCCUCGUUUCAUACGUGUUGUCCCUCAGGAUCUCUGCAUUGCAAGUUUUCUCUGUAAUGCAGAGCAAGUUUGUGUUGCUGAAGUUGCAAGAAGAAGAACAAAUGUGUACUAACUGUAGCACUUUUUUGUUGGGAUACAAGCGGUUUGAAUUGUGGAGUAAUCUGAUCGACAAGGGAUUCGAGACCUGGGCGCACGACAUGAACAGCGGCAUUGACGCCAUGAAAAAAGCCUGCGACCAGGUGCUGGAGACCGGGAGGCCAACCUACGUGAUUUCCCGGUGGCCGUUCCGUCCGGGGGGCCACGCAAGCGACCAGAACCCCGCGCCGGAGGAGAUGCUGUUGGACCAGUUUGAAAAGUACAAGAACGUCAUGAUCUACCAGCUGGCGUGCGCCGCCCCGAAGGGUAUGUCUGGGUCGGAACUGGUGGCGAAGAUUAUUGAGAGGAAGCAUCCCCCCUCCUCAUAUUGAAAAGAUAUGUUUCCGAAAAUUUGUAUUGCUGAUUUGUGACCACAAAGCAGGUUUGUCUUGCAAGAAGACAAGUGCAGAGGCAUCCGCCCAAUUGUGAAGCGAUUUGGCAUGCUGUUGGUCCUAGAGGGUAGCCGUUUGCAAUGCUGAACAGCUAGACCUGAGCGCUCCCACCUAGGCUGCGGAUCUGGCCGGAGUGCCGUACUGCAAGACAAGUGUGUACGCAAAUCAGCAUCAGAAAUUUCCAUUUUGAUAUGGGGAGUGGGGAUUUUUCAUUUUGAUAGAGAUUCAGCAGGCGGAAGAUUCCAUCGUGGGCCACGUCGAGCACGCCAUCCGAGGCUGCAAGGUGAUGAGCCGUAUGCAAUGCAAAUAUGUCUGGGUCCGGAAGUAGAGGGUGAACCUGUAUAUGCGCAGUUUAAAUGAAGAAGCAAAAAUCUGUGAUGCAUGAAGAAGAUGAGAGCCAGAACCAGAAGGUUUGUCUUGCAAGGCCACAACUUCUCAUGCUCCAUACGCACUUCGCAAGCCUCCAAACAAGUUGUCAUGCUUGGCUAGGUACUGAGGUUCGUUUCUCAUGGGGGGGAUUAGCAUGCCAACUUCCUAGACCGCCCAGACAUGUUUGCAAUGCAUACGCCGCGAGCAGGUGCGCGAACUUUCGCAGCCGGGGUCCACCACCGUGUUGAAGGAAGAGGGGGGCGAGGCGGUGGAUUUGGACAUCAACUAUCUGCUCGGCAAGGGACAGAAAAAGUUCGCAGGUACUUACUUAAUAUUAUGGAUGCUUCGAAGCAGGGAAAAAGCAAAAGGACUAAUAUCUUCGACCCUGAUCGGCGUCUUCGUGACGAGUCGAGCUUUGAUGAAAUUUGUGUAACGUAAUAAUUUAUCGGGUCGUGAUGAAAAUGCGACAAAAUUAUAUACGAUUACCAAAGGUAUGGGGUCCGAGAUCUACAGCAAGGCGAUUCAGAAUCAGAUGGACAUUGCGGACAAAGAGGGCAAGAUGGUCCGCUACGUAUCAAAAGGAAAAAUCCCCCCCUUCCCAUACCAAAAAGGUACAUUUUCGGAAAUUUGUGAUGCUGAUUUGUGGCCACACAUCGCGUCUGUCUUGCAAGAAGGCGAACCCAGAAGGCCCCCGGACUACACCGGCGGGAUGUGAUGCUGUCGGGCCUAGUACAGCAUGGACUUUUGUCAUGCUGAGCGCCUAGGCCAAGACCUCUCCCACUCAGGCUUGAUGUGGGCCUGCAGUCCUCUACUGCACGACAGGGCUGAUGUGUGUACGCAAAUCCAGCAUGAGAAGUUUCGUUUUGAUAUGGGGAGGGGGGAUUUUUCUUCUUGAUACUACGUGCACCAAGAAAACCACCACAAAGGGCAGCACGACACCCGCGGCGGCGUGUAUGGCGAGCUCCAGGCUUAUGGGAGUGUCAGGAUCGAAAUCGACAAAAUCGAAAAAUCUGUAAUGCAUAAAAUGGAGCUGGAGGGCACGCAAGGCCUGCGCCUGUGCUGGGGAGCAGGCAAAUGAGACCGAUGCGCAAGCCUGUUACGGGGAACGCGAUGCGCUGCCAGAGCAGCACGACAGGCGUAGUCUUCUUUGCCCAAACGGCAUGACAGACUGGAUUUCGGUGCUCCCGAAAUUUGUCAUGCGCCAUUUGGAAGCUGAGGCGUCAACUGGUAUCGAUUUUAUGCAUCACAAAUUAUUUCGAUUUCGUUGAUUUCGAUCCCGACGCUUCCAUAAGGCUAUCGGCCCCGAGCACGCGGACAAAUUUGUUGGUUUCAUGCCGCAGGAAGCGCAGGUCGUGCAGGUUGGGGCAGCGUACAGAUCGGUGCUGCCAUCCGGGAACCGGGUGUUUGUGAAAGGUAUGAUUAGAAGAAAGCAUAGUGAUAGUGUUGUUCUACGGUCAACGUGUGAAAUUAAUAAUGUUGAACUUGCAUUAUACAUAGCUCGACGUGCUUCUAGUUCUACUUCUAGAUCGCAGUUCGGGCACCAUUUUUGUCAUUCGAAGGAUCGCCGCGCGGAGGUUUCUGUAAAGGAGAAAAACCUUUUAUUGCUUUUCACCACAGGUCCCCACACCAUCUUUAACGAGCACGCACGCGAUCACAUCAAGUACGCCGCCUACCGGUAUUGCGAUGCUGGCGAGCAUAUCCCAUGCAAAUAUCAAGUCUGGGUCUGGAAGAGUGCUGCAGCUUGUGAUGCUAAAUCUCGAGCAGAGAAAAACCUGUAUUGCAUGAGUGCCAAGAAACGCUGCCCACUUUUUGCCACACAAAUGGCGAGUUUCUCAUGCAGGAUAGGCAUGAAAAGGCGUUCGCAAAUAAACCUGUAAUGCUUCGCGUGCAUUCCAGAGCAUGUAUCUAUUUCAGAAAAUGCAUGACAAACCAGUGUGCUCGUCCAGACCGAAACGUAUUUGCAAUGCAUAGAGCACGCGAACCACAUCUACAUCUUCGACGGCGGUUCCUUGGCUUUCCGUGAGAAGGAGAAAGUUAUCGACGCCGAAACAAACGAGGAGACGGAGCGGGAUAUGUUCCUGGCCCGCGUCGGGGAGCACCACAACACGCCGGAGUACAGCAGUUUUGCCGGCGACGCCAACACUGUGAUGUGUCUGCCGAUCGACAUGAACGUGUUGUCGAACUGCAUGCAGGAGAUGGUCCGGCUCCACGACAUGGGGCGCAUGGUUUUGGGGGUCGCGCUAUCCUGAGUAAAAACGUCCCCACACCAGAGUCAAGAUGGGAAAUCUGCUAGACAAAUCAACCAGCUGUGGUUGUUUCGCAUGACAGGUUUCUCCUCGUAGUGUGAUCCUGUUUAGGUAGUUCAGCAGCGUCACAGAUCUAGACUAUCAUGCUGAUUCUAGCAUCACAAAUUCCACAACGCGACUAGAAAAUGCUUCUCAUGGGGCUUCGCAUGAGAAAAGCGCGUCGCAUUUUGUUUAGCAUGACAACUCUGGGGCGGGGACGUUUUUGCUCAGGAUACGCGCCCACCAUGAGCUUCGGCAUGCUGCACCCGAUACUCCCGCUGCCGGAGCACAAGCAGGCCACGGGGAUGCAAGUGAACGACUACUUUAAGGUGCAGGUGCCCGGUACGCUGGAGCCGAUGAACGGAAAGAAGCUGAUCAUGAUCGGCUGGGGUCCCGACUGCAAAAUGAUCGCGAAGGUCUUGAUGCUAUGCAAGAAAGAAUGCGAAUCAUGUAUUUACUGUCUGGGAGGCUUGGCAUGACAAAUUGAAAUUAUCCACAGGUCCAUUAUAAUUCGCACAUUGAUUACUACAGGUGCUUUUAUUUUUGAAUUCAGUUCCAGCAUCAGAAAGUCAGAUCCAGACAGUGGAUUUGUGUUGCAUAAUCGCAAGAGAACCUGAACUGCGAGCUCAUCGUGUUGAACUACAAUCGGGCACCGAAUGCUCUGGUAAUGGUUUGGAGUACUGAUAGAUAAGAUGGAUUUUGAGCGAAAAACUUGUGAUGCACAUUUGUAGAAUAGAAGCGCAAGAACCUCUCAUGUAAACAGAGCAAGACAAAUAAUCCCGUUGCUGGCGAUAGCAAUAGCAAAAAAAGCGUAUGCAGCUUACCGAAAACUCCAAAUAAACUAGGUCAAUUACCUGGAUGACCUUGCGACCAAGGGCGUGGUAUCAAAUGCAAAAAUGUCUGGGUCUGGAGGAUUGCAACUUGUCAUGCUAAGUCCGAAUCAUGCAGAAAUCUGUGUUGCAUGAGUGCCAAAGGCUGCCCACUUUCGACCAAGUUGGGUGGAGGGAGUUUCUCAUGCAGGAGAGGCAUGACAGAGUCAGUGUCAGAGACCUCACAGACUCUGUCAUGCUAGGUCCCGCAUUCCAGACCUCAUGGGUCAUGGAGAACCUGCGUUACAAGUUCCAACCUUCCAGACCCAGACAUAUUUGCAAUGCAUACGUGGCAACGGAGGUGAUUGUGGUGGACCCGAACCCGAACUCCGCGCUUAUGUCCCCGGUGGUGUCCAGCAUCCGGCUAUCAAAUGCAAAUAUAUGUCUGGGUCUGGAAACUUGUGAUGCCAGUUUGUGAAUGGUGGGCACACGACUGCAAUACGUAGCUACGCAUGACAAGUUUUUGAGCUCCUAUGUAUAUGUUUCGCUUUCCGCAUGGCAAACUGCAUUUUUCCAUGGCAGGCAAUAGGCUUUUUUUCCUGCUCCUGCAUUACAGAUUCGAGGGGCAUGUGAGACAAGCAUGAUAAACUUGCAUUCUUCCAGACCCAGACACAUUUACAGUCCAUACCGGCGCAGAAUCAAGUACCCGGACGACCUGUUUUUCAGUGAGUGCACCAUCCAAAACGCCUAUGUACCCUACGGGCUGGGCGACCCGUUGAUCCAGGAGAAGGACAUCUACAACACGCUGUUUUACCGGCAAGUUUAUGGAUUGCAAAUAUGUCUGGGUCUGGAAGAGUGGAACUUGCAAUGCUAGCGUUCCAUUGCUAAGAAAUCUGUAUUGCAUAUACCAACAAAAGCCGCAGCUUCUUUUUUCAUGCGAAAACGCAGUUUCUCAUGCGGAGUUCCUAUCCGAAAGCGCUCUGGAAAGUUGUCAUGCUGGGCUGCAUCCGGAAUUGUUUCCAUCAUUCAUAUUUUCGCAUCACAAGUUUCCAGACCCAGGAGACAUUUUUGCAGUUGAUAAAGUUAUCGAGGGCGUCCCGGAUCUCUCCAUGAUCAAGCGCGUCAAGUCCCGCGCCGCGGCGCCGGCCGCGGGCUCGGCCGCCCCGGCGUCAGGCGCCAGCGGUGGGGCGACGGAGACGGUGUUUGCACCGAUGGAUGGCGAAGGCGUCUACAUCUCCUUUCAGAAGAAGGUGGGUGACGUAUCCUGAAUAAGAAUGUUCCCACAACAGAGUCAAGAUGGGAAAUCUGCUAGACAAAUCGGCCAGCUUUGGCUGUUUCGCAUGACGAGUUUGCCCUCGUGGUGUUUUCCUGUUUAGCUAGUUCAGCAGCAACACAGAUCCAGCAUAUCAUGCUGAUUCUAGCACCACAAACGCCAAAGCACGACUAGAAAGCGUUCUCGUGGGGCUCCGCAUGAGAGACUCUUUUGGCAUGCAGAUUUGCAUUGCAACUCUAGGGUGGGGACGUUUUUACACAGGAUACGACAGCGUGAAGGCCGACGAGAUCAUCGCCGAGGUGGAGUCGGAUAAAGCUACCAUCGAGAUCUAUCAUGAAAAAAAAGUGUCACACUUAAUACACAUUGUGUUGCGAGCUCAGCACUACAGACAAGCUCUGUCAUGCCAGAAAUGCUUCCGAGCUUCAUUUCAUACGUGUUUUCCACUAUGGCCUGUGCAUUGCAAGUUUUUUCCUCUGAUGCAGAGAAAAUUUGUGUUGCUGAAGUUACAACAAAUGUGUAACUGUAACGCUUUUUUCUUGUGAUAAGAUCACAAGUCCGAUUAAUGGGGUGAUCGAAGAAAUUUUCGUGGCAGAGCAGAAGGAAAUGGAUGUCACGUAACAACUGCAAAAAUGUCUGGGGUUGGAUGAUUUCGGGCUUUGUCAUGCUAGUCUGGCAUGACUCUGAGCUCUGUAUUGCGUGGCCGCAAAGAGCACCUCUUGCCUGUCAUGCAAAAACGCAGUUUCUCAUGCGGAAUACGAAGCACAGAAGCACGAAAAAACUUGCCAUGCUUGGCGGCGCAUUGCAGUAGGCUAAUUAUUGGCUGACUUGCAUCACAAGUUUCCAGACCCAGAUAUUUUUGCAUUUGAUGUCACGGGGGACGAGACCAAGAUCUGCUCGGUUAAGCCGGCGGGCGCGGUACUUAUGAUUUUUUUUAACACAGGACAAUUCCAAUAUUUUGUGGCACAGAUUUUAUUCAAAGCACUUCUUUUACGUAUUGCAUACUUGAACUUUAUGCCAUUCGGCAAUGUCUGGAUUGUCCUUUUACGAAUCCAAACGUCUUACUCUCUAGGCUCCCGCCGCUGCCGCGCCAGCCGCUACGCCGGCGGCCGCGCCUUCUGCCGCCGCGGCAACCGGAAAAUUGGAAAUGGUGCAGGCACCGAUGGACGGGGAGGGUGUUUACGUGAAAUUUGUGAAGCAGAUAUCGUAUUUAAAACCGUCCCCACCCCUGCAAAUCUGCAUGGUCAAAAUGCUUCUCAUGCGGAGCCCCAUGAGAAGCAUUUUCUUCUAGUCGUGUUUUGGAAUUUUCCAUGCUCCAAUCAGCAUGAUAUACUAGAUCUGUGAUGCUGCUGAAUUACCUCAAACAGCACUACAGUACGAGUACAGUGGCAAUAAAACAGCCAAAACUUGUGGAUUUGUCUAGCCGAUUCCCCAUCUCGACUAUGGUGUGGGGACGUUUUUCCAUACGAUAGCAGAUUGGCGACUCGGUGAAGGCCGACGAGCUGAUUUGCGAGGUCGAAUCCGACAAGGCAACCAUUGAGAUCACUUCGCCUGUGGAUGGAGUUGUGAAGGAGUACUUUGUAUCCUGUGCAAAAGUAUCGUACUCGUAGUAAUCGCAGCCAUGCGUUACAAAUCUCUAUCCCAAUUCCAAACAGCAUGACAAAUUCCAUUUGUCAUGCUGAGCUCAUUUGUAAGUAUUGCAAUUACUACUAGUAAAAUACUUUUGCGGUUCAUACUUUGUGGAAGAGAACAAGGAAAUCAAUGUUACGGGCGACGAGACCAACAUCUGCAGCGUGCAAGCGAUGGGCAGUGCUCCCGCAGCAGCUCCCGCGGCGGCCGCGUCUACCCCCGCGCCGGCGGCUUCCACACCCGCCCCGGCAGCCGGUGCCCCGACGCCGGCGCAGAGUGCCAGUGGCAAAUUCGCCAGGAAGUCGUCCGUUGGGGACGGGGGAAGGCGAAAACUGUCGCGCUUCCAACAGGCUAUGGUGAAAAACAUGAGCGUAUCAAAUGCAAAAGUGUCUGGGUCUGGAAGAGUGCCAGGUUUGUCAUGCACAUUUUGCAUGACACGUGAUGCCUGUAAUGCAUGGCCUAGCAUCACAGAUUUUGGGAGGGCUUUCUGGUGCGUAUUCCGCAUGAGAAAUGCCCUCUCCGCGCAGCACAAACUGGACUCCUUUUGCUGGUCAUGCAGCACAGACUUUUUUGGAAUCUAAAGACAGCAUCACAAGUUGCAAUCUUCCAGACCCAGACAUUUUUGCAAUUCGUAGAGCGUUGGAAAUUUGGACACGAACUGCUUCUUCCUGGUGGAUAUGCAUUGCAAAGAUAAUGUCAGGGUCUGGAAAGUUUGAACCUGUGUUGUGUGUGUCGCAUUCCUCAAAAAUCUGUAUUGCAUGAGCAACAAAUAAACAAGCACUACAUUAUUUCCGUCAUGCAAAUAAAUCGCAGUUUGUAAUGCGUGCUACCCAUGAGAAAGAAGAAUUCGUCAUGCUUCACUGCGCAUAAAGGCGCUGCGCACUGCUCAAUCAUGAUGAUCGUUCAGCAUUACAAGUUUCCAGACUCAGACCUAGUUGCAUUUGAUAGCGGAGACGGUGGACUUCAAAAAGAUCAUCACGAAGGCGAAGAGCGAAGGUAUAUAUCAAAUGUAAAAAUGUUUGGGUCUGGAAGAAUCCAUGUUUGUCAUGCUUGUCUGGCAUGACUCUUAAAUCUGUCAUGCACAUUGCCCAAGAGACGUUUUUUUCUGUCAUGCGGAGACGCAGUUUGUCAUGCAGAAUAGGCAACACCUACAAGCUCAGAAACUUGUCAUGCUGAGCCAGCACUUGUGGCCUCCUCAUGCUACGCCACUCAGCAUCACAAGUUUCCAGACCCAGACAUUUUUUCACUUGAUAGUAUCUAGUACUGUACGACUAGGAUGUGAUGUAUAUUGAUUGCGAGCCAGUACUAUAACCUGUCAGCAUGAUGAAUAUGCAUGUUCUUGUGAUUUUUGGAAAAGAACUUAUUUGUACUGGAAAAUAGACUAGAAUCCAUGACGUACAAACCUCUACAACAGGUGUUUCCCCAGUGAUCGUUUUAAUCAAGGCGAUGGCGGAGGCGGCACAACACUCCGGCAUGAACCACCGGCUGAGCAAAAACCGCGAGGAAAUGAUUUACCACGAUACGGUGAACAUCGGCUGCGCCAUAUGCAAGAAAGAAAAGUGUUGGUGUAAAGGAGUCUUGGAGUGACAGCAUGACAAACUUCCUCCGCAUGUUGACAGAGAAAGUUUGUCAUGCUCAGCUAGUACGUGAAAACACGCAUGAUGAAAAGAGAGCUUCAUGUUGUGUGUUUGGCAUGACAAGUGUGACUGUUUUGCAUUUUGUGCAUCACAAACUUACACAUAACAGUUUUUUCUUGCAUGCGCCAUUGACGUCGCGGGACAGCUCAGGACCGCGGUGAUCAAGGACGCCUACGGCAAAUCUUUGACCGAAAUUAUUCUGAGGAAAAACGUCCCCACCCCAGAGUUGUCAUGCAAAUGUGCAGUGACAGGAACAUUUGUAAUGCGCAGCUCCAUGAGAGGCAUUACCAAUCGCGUUUUGGAAUUUGUAAUGCUGUAAACACGAUGAGAAAAUUGCUUUCUCGUGCGGCUUCCCUUGCCAACCAGCACUAUAAUGCAGACGGAAACUUGUCAUGCGCCGCUCCCAAAACUUGGAGACUUGUCUUGCUAGAUUCCCAACUCGACUAUGGGGUGGGGACGUUUUUGCUUAGGAUAGAAAUCAAGGACGACUUAGCCCGCAUGGUUGCCCUCGGCGCCAAGUUGCCGGCGGAAGACCAGGACCUGUCGAAGGUGUGCUUCUAUCCAGUGCAAAAGUGUAUCGUGCUCGUAGUGAUCAUUGCAAUCAUGCAUGACAAGUGCCCUUCCUUAGCCAAACCAGCAUUACAAAUUUUAUUUCUCGUCAUGCUGAGAAAAUUUGUAAUGCAAGGAGGACUACGAAGAUUCUUGCGAUACUUUUGCAAUGCAUAGCUUCACUGUUUCCAGCCUGGGCAAGGACGCGCCGCAGAUGGUGAUUUAUCAAAUGCAACCAUGUCUGGGUCUGGAAGGUUAGAACUUGUGAUGCUAACUUUGGACUCUAAAAAAAUCUGUAUUGCAUGACCAGCAAGAGGAGUCUAGAAGUUUGUGCUACGCGUGGAGGGCGUUUGUCAUGCGGAGUAGGCAUCAGGAAGCCCUCUAGAAAGCUGUGAUGCUAGGUCGCGCAUUACAAACAUCCUGGGUCAUGCAAAACAUGACAAGUCUCAGAACCUUCCAGACCCAGACAUUUUUGCAUUUGAUAUGAUCCCGGUGCUGCCAAAAGCCACCACCGGGAUUCUGGGCGUCGGGCGACUACAGGACGACAAAACGUCGGCGAUGUUGACACUGACCGUGUGUCACGCGAUAUCCUGUGUAAAAACAACAUCCCGCCCCAGAGUUGUCAUGCAGAUCUGUAAGCACAAGAGCGCUUGUAAUGCGCAUCCCCAUGAGAGGUAA